AUGCGAGAGCUGAACGCGACCGCAUGUGCUGCCCUGUACGAGCGCGUCGAGUGGUCCGGCCCGUGGAACCUGGCUACCCUGAUCGUGCUCGCGAUCGUGAACGUGAUGGUGGUGCUGGGUAACGUGCUGGUCAUACUGGCCGUCUAUCACACCAGCAAGCUGCGGAACGUCACGAACAUAUUCAUCGUUAACCUGGCAGUGGCGGAUCUCAUGGUCGGGGUGGCGGUACUUCCGUUCAGCGCCACGUGGGAGGUCUUCAAGGUCUGGAUAUUCGGUGAUCUAUGGUGCUCCUUCUGGCUGGCGGUGGACGUAUGGAUGUGCACGGCGUCGAUAUUGAAUUUGUGUGCCAUCAGCCUGGAUAGAUACUUAGCGGUGACCAGGCCAGUCAGUUAUCCUCAGAUCAUGUCACCGAGGAGGGCGAGGCUGCUGGUCGCAACCGUGUGGAUCUUGAGCUUCGUCAUCUGCUUCCCACCCCUGGUCGGCUGGAAAGACAAACGGUCUCAUCCCGCGCACAACGUGACAUCCGCUCAGAACGGCCCGUUCAACACCACCACCAUCCUCGUCCCUGUGAAACCGUGUCCCUGGAUCUGCGAGCUGACCAACGACGCUGGCUACGUCGUUUACAGCGCUCUCGGCUCCUUCUAUAUACCGAUGCUGGUCAUGCUGUUUUUCUACUGGAGGAUCUACAACGCGGCCGUCUCCACCACGAAGGCCAUUAAUCAAGGCUUCCGCACGACAAAGGGCUCGAAAAUGCUCGGCUCCAGAUUCGACGAACAGAGGUUGACCUUGAGGAUCCACCGUGGUCGAGGAAGCGUGCAUAACGGAAGCAACAACGGGAGCCCGAGGAGUCCGGAGUCGAACAGCCGCAGCUCGGUGAAAAGGGAGAAGAUAAAAAUCUCGGUGUCGUAUCCGAGCACGGAGACGCUGAAUACCAAGUGUAACACCCUCGAGAGGACACCCUCGAGGUGUUCUCAGACCUCCGUGCACUAUAGCAAUGGGCAGACGCACAGCCAACUGUGCCCCACUCCCAGGAGCACGCAUCUGAAGGUGAGCGGUAUCAACAGGGUCGGCAGCACCAGGAGGCCUAGCAGACGUAACAGCUGCGAGAGUCAGAUGAUGGGAGACGAGAUGUCGUUGCGAGAACUUGGCCAGGGCGCCGAAGAGAAGCCCAGAGUGAUGAAAAUGGGGAAGAGAAACAUUAAAGCUCAGGUGAAGAGAUUUCGCAUGGAGACAAAGGCAGCUAAGACACUGGGUAUCAUAGUCGGAGGGUUCAUCCUCUGCUGGCUUCCGUUCUUCACGAUGUACCUGGUCCGCGCCUUCUGCCCCAACUGCAUCCACCCCACGGUCUUCAGCGUGCUGUUCUGGCUAGGCUACUGCAACUCCGCAAUAAAUCCGUGUAUCUACGCGCUCUUCAGCAAAGACUUCCGAUUCGCGUUCAAGACGAUCAUCUGCAAGUGCUUCUGCAAGCGGCGGGCGAAUACUUUGAGACGAGGCAGCGAUGGCAGUCAAUUAGCCAUGAGAAACGACCGGAGCCCAAGCUACUCGAUGCAGGUACCCCAGCAGGGUGUGUCCAUCGACGACUCGGACCCGGACCCCAGCUCAGAGCCGACGGUGCACUCUCAAAGCGAGUCGAGAUGACUGUAGCGUGCCAGGUGUGGCGCUCAGCGCGUCACCUUCGACCCGAGGACCUCGAAAGUGAGGAUCCAGUCCUUCUGAAGGAUUCGGGCCGUCCUCGUGGACCCUCCUGACAGCCCUCGAGGCGACCACGUGCCGCGGAAUCGAGCACAACCGGUCGUUCCCACGGAAUCGGGCAUCACGGAUGGGUCAGACACGUGACCAACAGUCGAGCUUUCUUCGAUGUUUAAUUUUCAGCGAGUCGCGUGAAGGAAGAGACGUUCUUAGCGAACGAAUUCGCUGAAGCUAGUCGUAACUGACCGAGACUGAGGAAAAAUUGGGGAGAAAGGGUGAAAGCAGGGAACAGAUAGAAGUGCGAGACAUGGUCUGACGAUGAGUGAAUUCGAGGUUAGGUAGCAGUGGAGUUACUGUCUGUGUUUAGGGUUAUGCAGGGUCGAAGUGGAAGAUGAAUUUCAUUUCGUAAAAUUUGUGAAGAAUCCAUUAAAUACGUUCGCACAUGCGUGUGUCGAUAUCUAUGUGUAACAUAACGAAUGUUAGAAGCAAGUUUGGUUAUCUUCUUACGCCAACAGACGCCAUUUGGCUACCGAAGCUCCCUCUGGCCUCUCAGCUAACCGUCAUCGUUGCCGCCAUAUUGUUUCCCGUAGAUUUUUUACCGUUCCUCGUUGGUUAUAUGUGAUAAUAGCGUUAAACGAUCGCCUUUGCUGAACUCGCGAUAUCAGUGUGUCGUACAGGUUGCUUCAAAAGUCGUCGAUCGUUACGAUGAAUUCGAUGCACAACUGUGAGUGCGGGAGAUCGAGGGCCCGAGUUUUGGAACAUCCUGUAGCGCGUGCAAUGUCGAGACACGCGAACAGGCGCAUGCGCGGAGACAAGCGCCGCGGAAACAAAACGUAUGAACGUAAGUGUUGUUAUGCCGAUGUAAUUUUAAACGAGCGGGAGAGAUCUCGCGUUGGAACACUCUCUACGGACCCCUUUUCGAUUCUAUCUUGAACGUUCUCUCCAAAUGGUCGUCCGGGGAGGACAGAGGGACGUCCGAAAUCGGCGUGGUUCAUUGUAUUAUGUGAUAUACCG